AUGACGGAUAGCAAGACAGCCUCAUUGCGUAGCGUGGCGCAAUCCACGAACAAGCUCAAAGAUGACGCUUCGGUCCUCUCGUCCCCCGCUGCACCUCCCCUGGGCGAACCUGUCGAAGCAAAGAGCAGCAUCUUCUCCCGCGGCCCACGUCUCGACCCCGACGCCAUCGCAACACAACCAAGCGUCUUUGAUGAUCCCGCUCUCGUCGACCUCUACCGCCCACCGCCACAAUACGAAAACGCUCACAGAUUCGACCCUCUGGCACGAUGGACAUGGAGCGAGGAGAAGCGGAUCGUGCGCAAGGCUGAUUUGAGGAUCAUGAUGUGGGCCUUCGUCAUGUUCUUCUGCCUCGACCUCGACCGGUCCAACAUCUCGCUCGCGAAUACGGACAACUUCCUUGACGAUCUGGGUAUGACGACGGACGAUUAUAAUCUGGGCAAUACGCUGUUCAGGUUGAGCUUUUUGAUUGCGGAGUUGCCGAGCCAGUUGGUUAGUAAGAGGGUCGGGCCGGAUAUUUGGAUCCCGAGCCAGAUCGUGUUGUGGAGUACCGUAUCGUUCUCGCAGUUCUGGUUGAGCGGACGCACGUCUUUCCUUGUGACACGAUACCUUCUCGGGACGAUGCAGGGCGGGUUCAUCCCGGACGUCGUGCUCUACCUCUCAUACUACUACACCAAGACUGAACUCCCCAUACGCCUUGCCUGGUUCUGGAUCUCGAACUACCUGUCACAUUCCGUCGGAUCAUUGAUAGGUGUUGCGAUUCUCCAGCUCGGCGGUGUAGGCGGCCAUGCUGGCUGGCGAUACGUGUACCUUAUUGAGGGCCUGUUGACUUGCGCCGUUGGCAUAGCUUCGUUCUUCAUGAUGCCGCCCGGUCCUACACAAACCAAGGCGUGGUUCAGGCCGAACGGAUGGUUCACAGAGCGGGAGGAGAUCAUCAUGGUCAACCGCAUUCUACGGGACGAUCCGACGAAGAGCUCGAUGCACAACAGGGAGGGUCUGAGCGUAUUCGCGAUCGCGAAGGCACUAACAGACUGGCGCAUGUGGCCAAUCUAUAUCCUUGGCCUUACCCAUAUGAUUCCGUCCGGCACGCCUCAAGUCUACCUGACACUGUCGCUUCGCCAACUCGGGUUCAACACGACUCAGGCUGCGCUUCUCAGUAUCCCUGCCUACGUAGUCGGCGGUAUCGGCCUCGUUGCUACGGCUUAUCUAUCUGAGCACAUCAACAGUCGCGUCCUCGCGACAGUGACGGCGCAGAUAUGGACUCUGCCGCUACUGAUCGCGCUGUACACGUUCAACUCUGGCACGAGCCAGUGGGUGUACUUCGCGGUCGUGACGCUCAUCGUUGGGUUCCCGUACGUGCAUCCGAUCCAGGUCGCGUGGGCAAGUCGGAACUCGUACUCGGUACGGAAUCGGACGGUGUCGGCUAGUGUGUACAAUAUGUUUGUGCAGGCCGGUGCAAUCAUCUAUGCGAACAUCUACCAAUCCGACGACAAGCCUCUAUACAAACGGGGGAACCGUGUUCUCAUCGGUGUCAACUGCGCCAAUCUGGCGUUGUACGCGUUGACCUGGUUGUUCUAUCGCACGCUCAACAAGAGGAAAGCGAACGUUUGGGACAAGAUGUCUUCGGAGGAACGCGCUCAGUAUCUCGACACGACUAAGGAUGAAGGAAAUAAACGACUGGACUUCCGCUUCGCGUACUGA